CAUCUGCAGUCACACUGCAAACCGACUUUGUUUUUGUUUCAACAUGGCAAAGUUCCUGGGCCUCAACCGCCUGACCAAGCUGUUCCAGAUCAUCCGGGAAUCCGGAGGACUGAAGCAAACCUACCUGAAGCUCUAUAGGAACGACGAUCUGAAGAUCGGAACUCUGGUGGGGAUCGACAAGUACGGCAACAAGUACUUCGAGAACGCCUACUACUUUUACGGCCGUAAUCGCUGGAUCGAGUUUGCCCCCCAUGUGAACACGGAUUACGAUGGAUCCAUGAUUCCCGCCGAGUGGUACGGCUGGAUGCACUAUAAGACCGAUCUGCCCCCCAUUCGUGAUGGCUGCCGUCCCAAGCACAAGUGGAUCGCGGACCACAGCGAGAACCUUUCCGGCACCAAGGAGGCCUACUACCCCUACACCACAACACCCAACAAAGUGGAGGCCUGGGAUCCCAAGGCGAAGAAGCAAUAG